AUGGUUUUAGAUGCUGCCGGUCCUCAGUUUAACAAUGAGAACAUGGAUGAGCCACCGCAUCCUGAUGCGCAGAAACUUUAUGAUAUGCUAAAUGCUGCUGAUAAUGAGUUGUGGCCUGGUUGCAAGAAACAUUCACAGUUGUCAUAUGUGGUUCGACUAAUGAGUUUGAAAGCAGAGUUUCAUUGGCCUGAGAAAUGUUAUGAUCGAGUCACAGAACUGAUCAAAGAAGGGUUUCCAAGUGAUGAUGACUUAUUGCCAAAUAGCUUUUAUAGCACAAAAAAAUUAUUGCGUGGCAUAGGAUUACCGGUUGAAAAAAUUGACUGUUGUCCAAAUAAUUGUAUGAUUUUUUGGCGAGACGACAGUUUGUUACACACAUGCAGACAUUGUGGCGAAUCACGCUUUCAAGACCAAAAUGUUGGUUCUAUAGCGGAUAAAAACAAACAGGUGGCUAAAGCAAAGAUGUAUUAUUUUCCUCUGACUCCUCGAUUGCAAAGACUAUAUGCAUCCAAAGCCACAGCUGAAGAAAUGCGUUGGCAUUCUUCAUCUACUGAUGAUGGAGUUAUGCGACAUCCAGCAGACUCUCCUGCGUGGAAGCACAUUAACAAUACAUUCCCCGAAUUUGCUUCAGAUUGCCGUAAUGUGCGAUUAGGACUUUCAACGGAUGGUUUUCAACCAUUUGGCCAAUCAGGGAAGCAGUACUCCUCGUGGCCAGUUAUCUUAACACCUUACAAUCUUCCUCCUUGGCUAUGUAUGAAGGAACAUUUCAUGUUCCUCACAGUGUUAGUUCCCGGGCCGCGUAAUCCUAAAGAUAAGUUGGAUGUUUUUCUACAACCAUUAAUAGAUGAACUGAAACAGUUGUGGGAAGUGGGUGUGCCUACCUAUGAUAUUUCAUUGAAGCAAAAUUUUCAAAUGCGAGCAAUGUUGAUGUGGACCAUAAGCGAUUUUCCAGCAUAUUCUAUGUUGUCUGGAUGGAGUACAGCUGGAAGAUUAGCUUGUCCUCAUUGCAUGGAAAACACUGAUGCGUUUACUUUAGAGAGAAGUGGUAAACAAUCAUGGUUUGACAAUCAUCGAAAAUUCUUACCUACUAAUCAUCCAUUUCGAAAGAAUAAAAAAGCAUUCCGUAAAAACACGAUGAUCCUAGAUGGCCCACCAGAACCAAAGUCAGGAGAAGAAAUCUUGAACGAGAUAGAUACAUUAGGUUUGGUAAGAGUGAUGGAUGACUUCAAUGACAUGAACAAGAUUGUCUCAAGUCGUGCUAGAUCUGGAUGGAAGAAAAGAAGCAUCUUCUGGGAUCUCCCUUUGAAGGGUCGGGUUUUUGCACGUGUGUCGUGUGCACGUGUCCCUCCUUUCAACAAGAUUUAUAAUUUUCCCACUAAUGCAACAAAUAUUACUAAGUAUAAGCGGCAAGAGCGGGGUCGAACAUCAUCAACAUGA